GCUCAAGAGUAGAAGCCAUAUCCCUGAGGGAUGUUAGCGCUUCUCGCAUGAUGCGAGCAAUGAUCACUGUGGUGUUUGGGGCGCAGCUGGCACAGCUGGCGUCAACCAAGCAGGAGCUGUGGCCAGAGUUGAAUGAGCUCUUGGAUGCAUCAGUGCAAGAGUGUGCGGUAGAGAGCACAUGUUUGAAGCGUUGGCUCUUUGCCUCUUGCUCCCUCUCCCGCUGCGCUUCUUCCUCCAAGCCGAAGCUGCAGGAGUCUGUGGCCUUGGUGGGCGAUAGCGGACUGAAGAAUGCCUGGGAGGAACUCAUGAUGCUUUUGAGACAGCAGGUCCCGGUGGCGGCCAUCGACUUCGAGGCCAAGACGCCUCACAUGACCUGGGCCUAUGGCUGCUGCCAGGACGACCAGCGCACGGAGACGGAGACGUCUCGUGCGAGAGGUAGCACGCGGAGGCUCCGCGCGUUCGAGUCAGCACUGGAGGCCUUCCAGUUUUCUCCACUGGAGAUUCGAUUCCACGACUUGGUCCUUUGCUCCCAUCGUGGCGGUGAGCCCGGAGCGGCCUCGCCCGCGGUGUUUCUGGCAUUGGCACCCGACAAGACCUCGCAGGAGGCACUCUUCAGGUCGUUAAGGCCUUUCGAGAAGGAGUUGGAAGGUCCCAAAGAGCAGCGAGAGGGAUUAUUUCACAUGACCCUGAUGCAAGUCCGACAUUGGAACAGUACCAUUCACUCUGCUGUGAAUGAGCUUUGGUCCCAACACAACGCGAAGCUGGGAGCAAUUCGAUUGGAGAAGGCGAACUUGAAGCGAGAGGGACCCCCACUGGCAGGCCAGUGAAGAUGAGAAAAUGGCCGUGCGGUCUGAUCUAAAGGAUGAACGGCAUUCAGACCGAGAGAGCGGCUUCUACUGUGCUUCCACACUGGUAGAGAGCUUGCUGUGACGCUGCACCAUCAUGCGGAUCCUGCCCCAUGUCGCGUGGAAGUUCCUUCCUUUCUACAAAGGGAGCAAAAGGAAGAACAAACAAAAACCUUCCGUUCUACCUCCCCGAGCGGAGCAAGGCUUAGCCGAGUGCGGGGCGCGAGAGCGGAUGUACCCGGUGAUCACCGGCUGCUCUUGGCUCCUUGGUGCCGAUUCAUACGCAGCGGAGGCUUCGGAAGCAGCUAGUCCUAGAGGGAGGCAAGCAGUCCUUGUGCGAAAACUGCUGCCAGUCCGGUUGGAACAGUUUUAAUCUCGCCACUGGCAAAGCCUUAGGCACUUUUUGAUGGAUUUGCCACGCAGUUUUGCGACGAAGAACUCUGAAGACCGACAGGACCUAGCGCCGAGCGCAGUUCUGGAGUGGCAAAAGGAGCAGUUGGCCUUGGGCGUCCGAUUGGUUGGUGUUGCUGGACAGAAGUUCCUUCUCGU